GACAAAAAAUGCUCUCUCAAUUCAUGUACACGGAGAGAGAGAGAGAGAGACCAAGCAAUUUGGCAGUAAUAAAGAAAGAAAAAGGCUAAAAUUAAAGUAUGGUAACAAAAUCAGGAGAGGAAAAAUAUAUAUGGUGGGGGAAUCUUUCUUCGUCUUUCACUAUACAGAUACAAAGUAAGAUUUUCUCUGCACCUGGCAUGAGCUUAAGAGCAUAUUUCUCUACGGAAUUUUCAUGUGGGGAUGUUUUUGAUAGGGAAGAAAGUGAAGUUUCAGUAAUAGAUGAGAGCAGGGAGCCCAGACACAAGGGUGGUAUGGACUUACACCAUCAUGCAAUCGAGUUCGACAUCGAGUUCUGGCCUGUUGAACAUCCUAUGGAGCCGCAGGAUGAAGAUCGGCCUGUAAAAUGCCCAAUGCCAGCUUCUUCCUCCAUCAAUGAUGGAAUAGGCAAUGAAGAAAGGCUUGCAGCAGAGAGCUCGCGGAAGAGAUCAGAAGUAACAGAAAAGGUGAAGAAAGGAACUCCGGUGGGUACAGAGCCAGCAGUAAGAGCUGUGCGUAAAAGGCAUCACACUCUCACCCGCGACGACCACGUCAUAAAGCCGCUUGUCAGAAUGCCUCCUCUUCCUCCACUCCCAACCCAGAAUCUUACCAUUUUCCAAAUGCUUCAGGAAUUCGACAAGUUUAACUCUUGAGAAGGGUUUAAUGCAAACAAAAGAUAACACAAAUUUUCCCAUCCUUUUCAACUCUGCAAUGUUUAGUUUCAAAUGCAUUUGAAGAGAUGCAGGAGAACGAAAAUCCUAGAGGCAGCCCAGGCUUCAUAACUACAUAGACUAGCAUUUUGAGAUACAUGCUCUGUAUAUUAUUUACUAUAUCCAACUGUUUUUAUGAGGAGCAACUGUGACUUGUUGGAGGACCAAAUUCUAUUCACAAGCAGAUGCUUCCAUCUUCACUUCCCUCA